CAUCCUCAAGCAUAUAAAAUUUGAGAGCUUUCUUCUUAUUCUCCUAAGCACAAAACAUGGGCUUUCGUUUGCCAGGAAUGAGAAGAGCUUCAUUUGCUACAAAAGUGGCAUUUUCAAAAUCUAGUGAAGUCCCAAAGGGAUAUCUAGCGGUAUAUGUUGGAGAGAAAAUGAAGAGGUAUGUAAUCCCCAUAUCAUACUUGAAUCAACCUUCAUUUCAAGAGUUGCUAAGCCAAGCUGAAGAAGAAUUCGGGUAUGAUCAUCCAAUGGGUGCCCUUACUAUUCCUUGCAGAGAAGAUGUCUUCCUAAAUCACAAUUUUAAAAUGGGCUUUCAUUUACCCGGAAUGAGAAGGGCUUCAUUUGCCAGAAAAGUGGCUUCUUUAAAAUCAAAUGAAGUGCCAAAGGGAUAUCUUGCAGUCUAUAUUGGAGAGAAAAUGAAGAGGUUUGUAAUCCCCAUAUCAUAUUUGAGUCAACCUUCAUUUCAAGGAUUGUUAAGCCAAGCUGAGGAAGAGUAUAGAUAUGAUCAUCCAAUGGGGGCUCUCAUUAUUCCUUGCAGAGAAGAUGUCUUCCUCAAUGUCACUUCUUCUUUUGAUAGGUGCUAA